AUGACGAUCAGGAAAGACUGGUACGAGGCAAGAAGGUUGGCAGCCUACCCUUGCAGCCAGAACGAUGGCACUCACUACAUUGCAACAAGUACACAAAGAGGAAAACACCCCCAGGGGCUCCCGAGAGGGGGGGCGGAAGAGAGCCCUGAACGGACGGACCUGACGGUGACGAACAGGCAACAACCUCGACCUUUACGGAUACGAUCUGGCCUAGAAGGAGGGGCAAAGACAGAAACAUGCAGCUGUGGAAAGGUCUGUAAGAACUUAAGGGGACUCAAGAUUCACCAGACUAAGAUGGGAUGCCCUAAGGACCCUGAGCAUCGUACAAGCAUGCUUGGUAAGACGACGGUGGGCCAGAGGCAGGAAGAAAACCACAGUCCUCAGGAACACCAAGCAAGGGGUCAGCUGCGGGCAGAAACUCAAGUCGAAGAUCCAAACCCAGCGAUGAUCAACCCUGUAGAAGAAGUGAGAGGGGGAGCUGAAAAUGAACCCAGGAAAAGUCAGGUUAAGUGGCCCGCGAGCAACGCAGAAAAAGAUUGGGAGCAACUAGACGACGAUCUCGAGGGAAUCCUGGAGAGUGUGUUAGCAGGGAAUGCAGAAAAGAAACUUGACGCAAUGGUGGGGAUUGUGUACAACGUAGGUGCAGAACGCUUUGGAAAGAAAGAAGCAGGCAAGAAAGGUCAGCAGAAAGAACGAACAAACCGGAGAGAAAGGGAAAGACAGCAGAUCAGGAAAGAUUUGAGAACCCUGAGGAAGAGAUGGAAGGAAGCAGAUCAAACGGAAAGAGAAGCGCUAAAGAAGCUAAGGGAAGAUCUCAGAGGAAGAUUAAAAAGCCUGAGUAAAGCUGAAAGGUCAAGGGCAAAGAGAAGAGAAAGGCAGAGAAAACGAUCGGCGUUCAUAUCCAACCCCUUUGGUUUCACCAAGAAGUUACUAGGCGCAAAAACGAGUGGGAAGUUGACAUGCAGCAAGGAAGAUAUUGAGGCCCAUCUUAGGAAAACACAUGGAGAUGACAACAGAGAAAAACCACUAGGGGAUCUGGACGGCCUGCCAGACCCAGAGCAACCAACACAUGAGAUGGACUGCAGCGAGAUUAGAUUAGCAGAGGUGAAAGAGGUGAUCAAGAAAGCAAGGGCAGGUUCAGCUCCCGGUCCAAGUGGCAUUCCUUAUAAAGUAUACAAGAAGUGCCCAAAGCUAGCAAGAAGACUCUGGAAACUACUUAAGGUGGUGUGGAGAAAGAAGAAAAUACCAGAAAGCUGGAAAAAGGCGGAGGGAUUGUUCUGUGCCAAACAGGAAAAUGCAGAGAGGAUAGAGCAAUUCCGGACAAUAUCUUUGCUGUCUGUAGAGAGUAAGAUCUUCUUUGCUAUCCUAGCAAGGAGGUUGCAAGACUUUAUGCUGAAGAAUGCCUACAUUGAUACCGCAGUGCAGAAAGGUGGAGUGCCAGGGUAUUCAGGAUGCCUGGAACACACGGCCGUAAUAACGCAGCUUAUCCAAGAGGCUAAAUCAGGAAAAGGGGACUUGGCAGUGGUCUGGUUAGAUCUGGAGAAUGCUUAUGGCUCCGUCCCCCACCAACUAAUCAAAACAGCAUUGGAGAAGUACCACGUACCAGAACACCCACGUCAGAUCAUAAACCAAUAUAUGAAUGGGCUGAAACUCAGAUUCACAGUAAAUGGAACCACAACAGACUGGCAGCGUCUGGAACGAGGCAUAGUAACAGGAUGUACUAUCUCGGUGACUCUUUUCAUAGCUGCGAUGAACCUGGUGAUCAAGCCCGCAACAGAGCAGAGCAGAGGUCCAAUGACGAGGGCAGGGCUAAGACAACCUCCCCUGAAAGCCUUUAUGGACGACCUGACCAUAACGACAGAGAGCGUGCUGAGUGCUAGGUGGAUGCUGAAAAGUCUGGAUAAGACAGCGACAUGGGCAAGACUGAAGUUCAAGGCCAGGAAGUGCAGGAAGCUAGUCAUGAGAAAGGGGAAACUGAGUGAUAGACUACAGCUCAAGAUCCAGGGUGAGGACAUCCCUUCUGUCUCAGAACAGCCGAUAAAGAGUUUGGGGAAGAAGUUUGAUGCUUCACUAGGAGAUAGAGAGAACUGUAAAGACUUCAAACAACAAGUAGUGAAGGGCCUCCAAGCCAUAGAAGACAGUGACCUACCAGGGAAGUUUAAGGUGUGGAUCUACCAGUAUGGAUUACUCCCAAGGAUAGCGUGGCCCAUGAUGAUGUAUGAAAUCCCCCUGAGUACAGUAGAAGAAAUGGAAAGGAAGGUGAACAGCAGAUUAAGGAAGUGGCUGGGGGUGCCGCCAAGUUUUACCAGUGUAGGAUUGUACAGCACAUCGGCGAAGCUGCAACUACCAAUAACCGCGAUGACUGAAGAGUUCAAGGUAGGAAAGGCAAGAGCCCUACUGACCCUAGAAGGAAGCAGAGAUCCGAGAGUCAGUCAAGCAGGAAUACAGCUGAGAUCAGGUCGGAAGUGGGCUGUGGAUAAGGCAGUGGAUGAAGCGAAGAGUAGACUCAGGCACAGUGAUAUAGUUGGCGUCGUGGCACAAGGCAGACUAGGACUAGGUGCAGGGAAGGUGGCAAGCCAGAGAUGGGGCACGGCGGGCCCUAAGGAAAGAAGGGACAUGGUACAGAGGGAAGUAAGAAGGAAGGAGGAGGAAGGAAGGAAAUCACUAGCUGUGAGCCAAGGAGUGCAGGGCGCCUGGACUAAGUGGGAGGGAGUGAGAAGUAGAUGUGUGAAGUGGAGUGACCUGUGGAAGUGUGAACCACUGAGAAUCCAAUUCCUCCUCAGAUCAGUUUACGACCUCUUACCCACUCCAGUGAACCUGAAGAGAUGGGGGAAGGAGAAGGAGGAGAAGUGUCAGCUAUGUGAGAGGAGAGGAACGCUAAGCCAUGUUCUGUCAAGCUGCCCGAUCGCCUUAGGUCAGGGGCGAUAUAGAUGGAGACAUGACCAGGUACUGAGAGUGCUGGCAUGCACACUUGAGGAGGAGAGAACCAAGAAGAGAGGGAAGAACAGGAAAGGGCCGAAGUUCAUAGGGUUUGUCAGAGAAGGAGAAGGAGAGAAGAGGAAGACAGGUACUAAAGACAGAGAGAGAGGCAUCCUGCCCACAGCUAGUGACUGGAAUCUCAGAGUCGACUUAGACAGGAGACUGGUAUUCCCAGAGGAGAUAUCCAGCACAAACCUGAAACCGGAUGUAGUGCUGUGGUCUACUCAGACAAAGCAGAUAGUCCUAGUGGAGCUAACUGUCCCGUGGGAGGAGAGAAUUAGAGGAGGCGUAUGA